AUGCAUAGCACUCCACACACCCACCACCGCUGGCUGAAUAAGCGACGCCUGGGCGAUUGGGCGAUUGACUCUUUCAAGCCCUUCAAGUUACUUGGGCCCGAUGGCAUUAUACCGGCUCAACUGCAGAAAUCUGCUGAGAGCCAAGCUUUGGCAUUAACACGUGCCGCCAAUGCCGCCGCAGCCGCGGCAGCUGCCUCAGCGAAUGCGGCAGCACAAGGCAUCAAACCCAGCAGCGCGGCAAGUCUAGCUGAAUUAGCGCUGAAGAAGGAGCAUUCUUUGUCGCCACCACAAAGCGUCGGCAGCAGUUGUGGUGCAACAGGUGGUGGUGGUGGUGGUGGUGGUACGUUAGCCGGCAAUGUGGAUGAGGGCGGUGGCGGCAUUGCUGGUGGUGGUGGCGCUGCCAAUUAUCGACGACGCCCCUCACUGCAAGGACAUCAACAGCAGCUGCGUGAACAGCUUGCCGCUCACGAUGAGGCACGCAGUCCGCGCUUCGGCGUUAUGCCAGUUGGACUGGGCGCUAUCAGUGGCGCCAGCGGCAUUGGCAUUGGUCGGUCACGCUCCACAGAUGCCACUUCAUCACCCAAUGCCACAUCACAUCUCAGCACAGACAACGAACGUCAUAUUUCCUCAACGCCUUCUAGUCAAAAUGUUUCCUUGGCUGCCACACCGAAAUUGUUGGAGCGCGAUGAACGCGGCGCCGCCGGCAGUGGUGGUAGUGGUGGUGUGGGUCUUAGUGGUAGUGGUGCGGUCCCGGCGCUUGUAGGUAGCAUUAGCUGCUUGCCACCGGCGGCUUUGAAUGCAGUUGCUAGCAGCAUGGCGAGCGGUGUGCCAAUGCAUUCCGGUGUCGGUGUUGGUGGUGUGACUACGCAGGCGGAACAGCUGUUGGCGGCGCCGUCGGCGAUAGAAAGCCGUGCACGUGAAUUCGAUUCGGCGGCGAAAUCACUUGUCGGGUGUGAGCGUGCGGAGGAAGGUGAAGAGGCUUCAACUCCAAACUGGACUACGAAGCAACAGCAGCUCAGCAAUCUGACAAUCCAACUGUGCGCGCUAGUCAACUCAAUGACGAGCCUUAUGCAAAGGUAUAAACUAUCCGGCAGCAGCAGCAGCAGCAUCACUACCCAAACACGCACCCGACAACGCCGAGCGCUAACACAAAUAUAUUUCGGUUUGCACAUUUGUAGCAUAGUUAUUGGCGCACACCCACAACGGCUAAAUGACACGAGAGCUUAG